UUAUAUAACAUAGAAUAAUACUUAAAUAUGAUAAUUUUUAAAUUUGUAUUGAUUAAGUAUUGAAACCUUAAUAUUUUAAUUUUGAAUUUUGCAUUAAAAAUCGCACUUUAAAAAUUUUUAUGUUUAUCAUAUGAGUAUGAAUUCUCAAUAAUAAAUAUUUAUAUUAAAAUAUACUGUAUAUCUAUGUUCAUGUCAUUUAAAUUUAGUUAUAUACCAUAUAAAAUAAAUAAAAUGAUUGUUUUGAUUUAUUUACCAAAAAAAUAUCGUAAAUAAACAAGAUGUAUUGUUUUGAUUUAUGUUUUUACUCUAAUUUAAUUAUAUACAUAAUACGUAAAUAAAUACAAAUAAAUAAUAAUAUAUAAAAAAUAGUUUUAUAUAUAACAUUCAUCCCGUACGCAAUUGCGCAUGUUUAAGCUAGUUUAUACUUUAUAGUAUACUAGUCAAAACAAUUUCCUGACGCGGACAACGUCUAGUAAACAUUCCUCUUGUGCUGUUCAAAAUCCACCACUUCUCUUCUUGUCUUCUCGUAUUUAAGCCCAUUAUAUCACGACAGUUAUACUUCCAACCUCAUAUAUAUAAAUACAUAACUACAUCUACCAACACACACUACAAAACUCCUAUUCAUCAUCCCAACGAUCUUGUCUUAUUUCAUCACACAUAAGAAAAUCAUGAUCUCUAGGGUUUUUGACUUCAUGAAGAAAUCCAAAUCGUCCAUUCAACUAAACAACACAUCAUUCCUCGAUCUUCUCCCUUCUUCAUCAUCAACCAAACCAAAAGCUUUGAAUGAUGUGUUCAUCAACCACAGAGGAUCCGACACAAAGAGAAACAUCGCAACGUUGCUUUACGACAAUCUCAAUGCCCGUAACUUACGUCCAUUCUUGGAUAUCAAGAAUAUGAAGCCUGGAGAUAAGCUUUUUGAUCAUAUAAACCGCGCCAUUCUCACUUCUAAAGUCGCCGUAACCGUGUUUUCUCCAAACUAUUGCGAUUCUUAUUUCUGUUUGCACGAGCUUGCUCUUAUAAUGGAGUCCAAGAAAAGGAUCAUACCGAUAUUUUUCGACAUCAACCCUUCACAACUCGAUGUUAUGAUCGAAAAGGUGACAUGUUCUGAUAAUGAAAUACAACGGUUUAGAUGGGCUCUUCAAGAAGCUAAAGAUACCGUUGGGCUUACGUUCGAUUCCUGUAAAGGGAAUUUAUCGGAGGUUGUUACAAUUGCGUCGGAUGUUAUCGUUGAGAGGUUGGUGGAGUUAGAGGCUAACGAUGAAGAUGUUUAGGCGUUGGCGGAACUUUAACUAACUCCAAAUCAAACGCUUCACUCAAGCAUAUACUCUUCUCUUUUUUUUAGUUUCCUAUGAUUGAUAAAUUUAAUUGAUUUCAUUCAUGCAUAUAUAUCCUAAGAAAUCGAUAGUUGAUAUAUAUAUAGAAGAGACAUCAAAUUUUUUUGAUGAGGAUUUAUAAUCUCCAUUAUUCUUUGUAAUUCUUUUGUAUGUGUUGCAUGUACGUAAUUGCUUUUUCUUUUUCUUUUUCUUUUUGUUUUAAGGGUCUAGUACGUAAUUGCUAUGCUUUUGUAAGCUCAAUAAAUAUAAAAACAUUAUCUCUUUAUACUACCGAAAAUAUUUGUUUGUUUGUUUUUUUUUU